UGGAGCACCCGAAGCCGACCCACCCCACAAAAUUUCCCCAAUCUACCGAGACUAGCCGCCGCCGCCCGCCGCAGCGAGACGAGAGGAGGAAACCCUAGGCCAAAAAUUCCCCAAUGGGUAGCCCCGCCGCGGGCGACCAUCACUACCUUUUCGUAUGCACCCACGGCGAUUGUCAGAUUCGAGCUGUUGUUUCCCAUGAGUUCGCUGAGGAUCAUCGCCGUCACCACGAACGCGAAGAUGAUCACUGUCGUUCCGAGCUGGCCCACGCCAAGCGGGAGCUUGAGGUCCGCCGCAGGGACGCCCAACGCCACCGAGGGCGACGCAAGGGCAGCUCUCUUGUGACAUCUUCCGGCGAAACAGGGUGUGAUGAACAUGUCGGAGAUACUACUCAGCCACCAUCAGCACAGGCAGUACAAGAGCUAGUUGAUUCAUUCUCAAAUCAGCUACCUGGGAGGAUUGAUGACAAAGGAAAAUCACCCACGGGUAUUUUCGUGGAGGCAAAGGACCUGGUUUCUUACACACGUGACUGGGAAAACUCUUGGGGUGGCGAGUUCGGCCCCUUCGAAUACUACACGUGCGUCAGAGCCAUGCUCUUCACAUGCAGACCCACCCCAUCUCAUGCAGGCGUCAAGACUUGCCUGCAGAUCUUCUCCAUCAGAGUCACAGAGAUCAAUGAUGCUCUUGAGUGGCCACUCGAGGUCUAUGGCUUGGUGGCCACCCGAGACUCAGUGGAUCAUAAUCGCAACGUUAUCUUCAGACGCGGGAGGGACGCCUGCCUACACUCACUCAACAGGAUCCAUUAUUGACGCUGACCGGCCCAUCUCGUGCGAUCGUCAUCACCGGCCCUGUCGACGUCGAGAUCCAACUCAAACUGAAGGGAAGAACCACAGAGCAUGAGGACAAAGAUUUGAUCUCCAAAGUGUUAGUAUACGGACGUGAUCCCAGUGACAAAUUUGCCGACGCAGGCAUAGGCAACCACGACAUCAUGCACAGUAGCAGUUCUUCUGAGUUGUGCUCCCUACAGGUUACCUCCGCCCUGCUUGCCGGAGCGGUCGAGGCCACAGUGAUCUGUGCUAAAGUCAUCCAAGGUCGAUGGCCCAAAAACCUGGGAAUCCGCAUUGUUGCCCGCUCCGCCAGCAUAGAUGAGGAUUUUGUACUGCUUGAUGCUCGAGAUGGGACGUUUCGUGUGGAUCUAGCCGAUGGCAUCAUCGCCCUCUGUAGACAUGUGGUAUGUGUGGAAGAAGAUGGAAGGCUGAAGCUUUGUAUAGAGGCCUACAGCAAGAGGAGUGGAUGCAUGUAUGAAAAAUCCGAUGUUACCGAGUUGGUCCCCAAGAGAUCCUCCGCCAGUCUUGGCAGAUGCAAGCUUGCCUUCUGCACGGUUCAGUUCACCGUAGGUUGGUCGUGCCUCGUGGCCAGAGUGGAUGACCUGAUGACCUAUGGCAUCUGAUCUGAUGCAACCAACCCAACCAUUUAUUUAGCUGUGGAGCAACUGUUUAGCGUUUGUCCAGUGCUAUGUUAAAGGUGUCGAACUGCUGUUUAUGCAGUGUAGUAUAGCUAACAAGUCGUGAUGUUCAUGUUAUGUGGUAUGUCAUGUUGGGUAACAAUGUCUAGAGUCUUGGUUGACGAGCUGUC